AGAGGGGCAACCGGGACUGAAUCUGGUGCCCCUUCCAGGACUAGAACCUGGUAUGCCGGCGCUGCAAGGCAGAGGAUUAGCCUGUUGAGCCACGGCGCCGGCCAGGAAUCUGUAUUAUUUCUAACAACUGCAUGUGAAUCUACAAUUAUCUCAAUAACAAUUUCACUUCAAAAACAGCAAGGGUCUUUCCCAGCGAUCAACCUCUUAAGCCACUGGUUGGAAACCCACCUUGCAGCAACCUAAUGGAAUCCUUACAAAGCACCAUGGUCCAUCAGCUACUCCCUGUGUCUGCACAGCCCAACACUGUGGCCACAGAGACUGAACACUGGGGGUGUGGCUACUGCAGCUAAGAAGUGAAUUUUCUCUUGCAUUCAUUUAGUUUCUUGAAAUCGACAUGGAAGUGGCCAGUUGUGUGUAGUGGCAACCUGCUGGAUGACACAGAAAUGAAACCUAACCUGUAGUCUCCAGCCCCUUACGUAAUAACAUCCUCAGUAUUAUACUACGUUACAAUAGUGAGCAGUGAGGAGCACUGAUUACCCACCACAAGGCAAUGGAUGAAGUCUCUGGGAAGGGACCUAUUUCUUCAUUAACCACGGGCUAGAAAGGAGUAUCUGACACGUUGAGGGAACUAUAGGGCUGGGAAGGCCCCAGCACCUGUGCCCUGCAGGACCUCCCAGCCAGGUGAGAUGAUGGCCCUGCCAGGGCCCAGGGCGCCCCCUGCUGUUCCAUUCAGUGCCUUGCAUGCCGGUGGAUCACCAGGACAAGAGGAGCCAGUGGCUGUGCUUUUGUCUUGUUAUGGGGAAACCAACAGAAACCUGGUCCCUUGUCAUUCUCUUCCAGUUUAUCUCACAACCCUAAUGCCAAAGACGUCAGCACCUGGGAUAUUUUUCUAAACAGCUGAAAGUAUGUGCAUACAGGAGUCUAGGUCUGCGAGGACAGUGAGGAGCAAUGGAAUAGCUGGGAAUCAGAGGGAAAAAUAUUCAGAGAACCGAGCCAAGCAGAAUGGCUCUUUGUGCCAAGCACGUAGGCGCCAGCAGCCACCAACUUGGUCCUCAGCCAAUUAUUUUGCAAAUUACAGACAGGUCACUCCAACCCCAGACCUUCACUGCAACCCCAGGAACUCACUGGAACACACCCCCUCAGGGCCUGGGGGCGGGGCCGGCGCCUAUCUCUGCACCUGCACACGAAGCCAGGAGGCUCUGGGCACCAGAGCUCCAGACCUGUGCAGAGGCAGCUUAGGCUCUGAGUUGAGCUCCCACCCAGCCAUGUCCUCCUGCAGCCGAGUGGCGCUGGUGACCGGCGCCAACAAGGGCAUUGGCUUCACCAUCACGCGCGACCUGUGCCGGCUCUUCUCGGGGGACGUGGUGCUCACGGCGCGGGACGAGGCGCGGGGCCGGGCGGCCGUGCAGCAGCUGCAGGCCGAGGGCCUGAGCCCGCGCUUCCACCAGCUGGACAUCACGGACCUGCAGAGCAUCCGCGCCCUGCGCGACUUCCUGCGCAAGGAGUACGGGGGCCUGGACGUGCUGGUCAACAACGCGGCCAUCGCCUUCCAGCGUAAGGGUGGAGGACACCACGCCCUUUCAUAUUCAAGCAGAGGUGACUAUGAACACAAACUUCCAUGGCACCCGAGAUGUGUGCACGGAGCUGCUGCCUCUGAUGAGGCCCGGAGGCUAAACGCAUUUCCAGAGGCUGCUCCUCCACCCCUGUGUCACCGUGGCCACCUACCCGAUCCUGGCGGUCACCCUGCCCUGCCCCGUCCUCCACGGUCACUUCCAGGGCUGGGACGGAGCUCCCUCAGUCUACCCCGACCCGUGCAUCCAGGUGGGCAGCAGCCCCAGGUGUGGCUGUGGACAGGCAGAGUGGUGAAUGUGUCCAGCUUGGAGGGUCACAGAGUUCUUAAAUCCUGCAGCCCGGAGCUGCAGCAGAAGUUUCGCAGUGAGACCAUCACGGAGGAGGAGCUGGUGGGGCUCAUGAAGAAGUUCGUGGGAGACGCGAAGAAGGGGGUGCAUCUGAAGGAAGGAUGGCCUAGCGCUCCAUACGGAGUGACCAAGAUCGGAGUCACUGUCCUGUCCAGAAUCCAGGCCAGGCACCUGAGUGAGCAGAGGGGAGGGGACAAGAUCCUCCUGAAUGCCUGUACCCCAGGGUGGGUGAGAACUGACAUGGGGGGACCCGACGCCCCCAAGAGCCCAGAAGAAGGAGCAGAGACCCCCGUGUACUUGGCCCUUUUGCCUCCAGAUGCCGAGGGCCCUCAUGGACAGUUUGUCAAGGACAAAAAAGUUGAACAGCUGUGAGCUCACCCCCCACUCUACCUGCUUCCUAGCCUGUCCUGAUUUAACCCAAAGGACUUUGAAUUGUCAGCAAAUGUCUCAGCCACUGUGGGAAAUCCAAACAUCACUAUCAACUAAGACCUGCAAAUGUUCUACGACUUUGUUGGCUACUCAGUGACUAGACCGCUAAUUCUGUGAAUUCUCUUGAGAUUCCCUCUGUGAUGGGGGGGAGAGGGUGUGAUUGCUGAAAAUAACAAAUGGAAAUCAAGGGUUGAAUAAAUGCUUCUUCAGAAAGGUC